UUUUGACUUUGUGGGUGUGGUAACCUGUGAAAACCAUUUCCGCAGGUUGAGUCGCCAUUCUUUGCGUCCUUUGUACGUUUAGAAGUUGUCUUCGCUAGUCAGCAAGUAGUUGUUUCGGGAUUAGACAAAUUUACAGACUGUCAAACAAGAUCGAAUCUUUUCCUACGAAAGCUGAAUAAUAUUACGAAUAAAUAGCUACAAUAGGAUCCAGUUAAAGCUUCACGGACGAUAAUCUGAGCGGGAAUACAUUGGUGGUGUCCCUCAUCAAAAGCUAAAAAUGAUCACCAGACGAAGAGGUCGUUCAGACAUCACCGGCGUGGAGGUGUACUCUUCAACUUGUCCUUUUGAUGUUGAAGUCACUGACUUUGUUGAAAUGAUAGAAAAUGUUAAAACGAGUCCCUCUGAAGAAAUUAGGUCAGAGAAUGGGGAUAGUACAGUUGGAUUAGAGUUGGAUGAUUUAUUUGGAAUCGACGAGUUAAACUGGACAUUUGAGAAGGAUGCAGUCUCCCCUCUUUUCGACAUUGGAUUGACCGAAAUAGGUGUGGGUGACACAACAGAUCAAGAUUUUUGGAUUGGCACAUCCAGGACCCCAUCGCCUGAAGGAGUGUCUGCUGUUCAGAAAAGGAAGGGGAGAGAUGACCCGUCUGGGCACAUGAUCAACAAGAACGCUGUCGCUGCGCGAAUUAAUCGUCUGAAAAAGAAGGAAUACGUGAACGGGCUGGAAAAUAAAGUCGGGUCUCUGUCGUCAGAAAACCGCAUACUCAAACAGGAAAACGUCCAAUUGAAUAAGAGGGUAGAAGAGUUGGAAGAUGAGACGAGGUACCUGAGAGCUGUGUUGGCCAACGAGAGCAUGUUAGCCCAGCUGUUGUCAAGGCUGAGCGGUGUGAACGGCAUGAAAUUAUCUUCCUCACUUUUCCAGGGGUCCAACAAGAAUGACGACCACGAUUAUGCCUUGCCGCGGAAACGUGUGAAGGUGGAGGAAAAGGAGACUUCUGGUGGCGUCUGUCUGCACGUAGACAAGAACAACGUCUCAGUGGAGUUCUGCACUAAGUGUGCAGAGAGUGCAAGCGCAUCACUCAAAAUUUUUCUUCUAGGUGAUGAUUGUUCUACCAUGCUGGAUGAAUGGGUUACAGAACGUCCCUGUCUGCUUGGCUCCAUGUGGAUUCUGCUGCUCGGGAAGCUGAAGAGGCGGGACCCGCUGCUGCCAACUUGGCCUGGUAUUUUUUUAAAGCAAGCUCUUUCUGCAGACAAAGGUCUAUCAAUUCCUCAACAAAAUGGAAAAAUGUGGUCAUGGUUUGUGAGGGCUGAUUUCAGUGGAGAGUUCAAAGCCUACUAGUCCGAUGUACUUGUUUUUACAUAAUGCUGCUGCAUUUAGUUUUAAAGUGAUAUUUCACUCAAAUCAGCUUCGGGUGUUUUCAGACUUCAAAAUUGGUGUAAUGAAUAAGUUCAUGUCCCACCUCACCACCUGUAUAGAUCCAGCUGUAUGCCUCAAUCCCAAAUGAAUCCCCCCCAAAAUACAGGUGCUGAUUAAAAUGAUGCAAAUUCAAAUAAUUUCAGAUGGCACCUGUCUUUCCUUGGGGUUGAGGCAUUUAGUGGGAUUUACACACCUGGUAGCUUGGGCCAUUGAUUAGUUUAGACAAACCACUUCUGAGGUCUGAAAAUAUCUAACAAAUGGUGUAAGGGACUGUCACUAAAGUUUAUCGAGCUGGACGGCAUUUCAGUGGUAUUUAAUGUGGAGAACCCACAACGCUUUCAUUUGGAUCUGAAAAGUAAAUGGUUAGCUACUUCACAAGUUAACUUUGUUAAGAGGUACUGUCCUUAAUUUGUUUUUCAGACCCAAACACUUUUUGUUUGCUAUAAAGCCAAAGGAUGGGUUGGAGAAAUGUAACCACCUUCAAAUUCAUAGAUGAAGCUAUUGAUGAAAGAAGUGACAAUACAUGAGAUCGAAAUGAUAGUUUGCGUUUAUAUUUAAGCUAUACAUAGUUUGAAACAACCUUAUUUUGGGUUAUCGUGGCGUACGCUCAGGGGGCAUUAAGUUGUAUUCUUCCAAGAAUCCGUGGGUAUAGGUAGGUGGCUAAAAUUCACAGGUGGUGGCAUGCAAGGCUACUUAUUUGGGCAUGCACUGCAAACUAAACUGUUAUGGCAAAAUAUUCCAGAUUUUUCAUGUGUGCAUAUAUGUUGGACAUAGGAAACCGUAAAAGGGUUUGAGAGCCUGUUAACAGACAGAACAUUUUUAGACUGAUGCAUUUGGCUGAUUACUUGGUGUACAUGAUUUUCAAGGACCCCAAUCAAAACACACCUUUGAAACCAUAACCCCCAAUUUGUUUUGUAAUCCAUUGUUUAAAGAAUAUCUUUGUUUAUAUACACUGUAGCUUCAAAAUAUGGUUAAAACUAUCAGUGGACAGUCAGUACAUGCAUCCUAUGAAUUGAGUGCUUAUAUUUCUCCAGCCCUGUGAUCAAGCAGAUUUGUAGCAAACCAAGUAGUGGUGCUGUUGAAUUAAUUGUUGUGCCAUUAGAAUACGUUUGGAAUUUAAGACCUUUACAGUUAAAUUGUUUUUUUGCACUGAAAGUAGACCAGGAGCCAGUUGGCUGCAAUUUGGAUUUCUUAAAAACAGCCACUUUGAACUCCAGCCAACUUUAGCCACUGCUAACCAAAAAUCAAUGGGAGUGAUGCUUACUGUCCAAUUUUGAACAAUUCACAGGCAAAUAAAUUAAAAUCAAUUCAAUGACUUGGUUUGAAAUCACAAAAGGUAAUUUGGCCAAAAGUUAACACUUCACGGGUGCCUUUAUCACGACCAUUGAUUUUGUUGUUGUUAGCAGUGAGUGGCUUUAAAUAAAAAAAUCCCGAUUGGAUUUAGACUCCUGGCCCAUAGACCACUGUCAGGGUAAGGAAUCAUUUACAUUUGUAUUAAUUUAGCAGACUAAUCCAGUGUGAUUUACAGGAGCAAUUGGGGUAAAGUGCCUUGCUCAGGGGUACGUCAGGUUUUUAACCAAGUCUGCUUGUGGAUUCGAACCAGCAACCUUUCGUUUACUGGUCCAACGCUCCUAACUGCUAGGCUUCCUGCCGCCGAAUUAUGAAUGUGUGUGGUAGACUGGUAGUUAUGCACUAGUCUUCUAUGACCUGUACCAUAAUUGAAGGCUCUUUUGCACUAAAAAUGUUAAUGUAUCCUACACUGGUAAAAUGGUUUCCUCAACCAAUAUUUUGUAUUGUCUGGUUGGCCUGCGAGGUGAUGGCAAUAGCCAAGAUAAAUAGAUUGUCAUAUCACUAUACACUAUACAAAUGUUACUCCUGAAGUACCCUCCCAAACUGGCUUGAUAUAACAUUUUUUUUACUGUACAAUCCAAAUUGAACCAUCUUUGCAUUGUUUAUCAGUUGCACUACCUUAGUAUUUGGCACUCUCAGACCUUUGUUUUCUUGUCAGAUCACUCAACAUUUUCCUUAUGCACAUUAGGAUAUGUUGUACGCUUUUAAUCCUAAACAAACCCGUUAUCAACUUCCCAUCAGAUGAACUCGUGGAUACCAUUGUCUGGUGUAGUUUGAAGGAAGUUGAUCAGUAACGGUAGCGCAAUUGCUAACUAGCGUUACCCAUAGACUUCCAAGUCAAUGCACUAUCUGCUAGCAUGCGCUAAUGCUAGUUUGUAUUGGCUCGUGAAACUACCUAAACUUCCUUCAUAUUGCACACAGACGUAAAAAUUCUAUCCAUGAGCUCAUCUGACUAGGGAAGUAGAAAAAGGGCCUCAUUGCCAAAAUCCUGAAGUGUCCAUUUAAAAUAAUUUUGGACCCUCAGUUUAUGGGCAUUUAAAACACAGCUUUGAGGUAGGCCUGGAUUUAAACAGAACCAUUGUAUCGCGAUCCUGAGGUGUAAUUUCUUACCACUAAAAUUGCCAAUGGAUCAUGCAUUAAGUAAAAAUAUGCCAAGUAAAAACAUUUUCAAAAUCCAGAACAGUUAUACAAUCUGAUAAUCACCUAAUGCAUAUUUUAAUUAACAUUUAGCAGUACGGUAUAACAUGUAUAUUGAACUAAGCAUGUUAUUUAAUGGCUGUUAGCUUGGGGUUCCACUUCAAACACGGUAGAAGCAUUUUACAAGUUAAUUGCAGUGCAAUGUUCUGCGCAAUCUGUUUUGAAUUCUGUCCUCUAUACAAAUUUCAGUGAAGAGAUAAUGCCCCAUUCUCCCGAGGUUAAACUGCAGUUGUCCAUAUGGUUAUGAAACUACAGUGAGAACACUGAGUAAUUUGGUAAUCCCAUAAAGCACACUUAAUGUGGGCCACGUUCAGUAGGCAAACCUGUUUGAAUUGCCAUGAAUAGAGCAGGUGUGAAUCCAUGUCAGGCCUGUUCGUUCUACAUAUCUACGGGUGUUCCACUACAUCAGGUAUUCCCAAAUGGAUACGUGCAAUGCUGUCGGGAGUACGCCACGAAAAAUGUGAUUCCCUUUUUUUUGUUCACAUUUUCAAACAUUUAUUUUCCAACGGGGCUAUACAUCUGGGUGAGUAUUUUUUAUUCCUCGCCUGAGUAGCCUCGUUUCACUGCCAAAAAUAAAAUCAAACCAUCUAGUGUUCAGUGAAAUAACAACGCAAUGUCAAAUACAGGUAGCCUCGUCAAAUCACAUCCAAUCACAUGAACCGUUACUGUCUCACCGGAAACCUAGAAAAGAAACGUGACUAUUUGAAAAAUAAGCCACGGGAGUUUGAGCUAGAAUUAAGAUGAAAUUAGAGUGGUAAGGCAUGUAUAACCACAACUGAUACCAUUAAUAAGGGCCUAGAAGCGUCUUAUAUGGUGAGCUACCGAGUGGCUAGGACAGGCAAGCCCAUACUUUUGGGGAGGACUUAAUUAUUCCUGCUGCUGUGGAUAUGGCUGGGACGAUGCUGGGGGUAAAGGCCCAAAAAACUAUACAGACAAUGCCUUCAUCGGACAGCACUUUCACGACGCAUCAAUGUCAUGGCAGGAGAUGUUUUGAAACCAUUACUGCUUCGCAUUCAAGCCAGUGAAUUAUAUGCGUUACAGCUGGGUGGGUCAACUGCUCCUGGUAUAUGUCCGUUACAUUUGAGGGGUCAAUUAAAUUAAGGAAGACUUCCUCUUCUGCAUAUCACUGGAAACCAAAGACAACAUGAGAGGAUAUUUUUAAAGUACUGGACAGCUUUGUGACAUCAAAUGGACUUUGGUGGUCAAGAUGUGUUGGUAUCUACUGAAAAAAAAAAAGUGUUGGUAUCUACUGAUGGCGCAUAAGCCAUGACGGGGACACAGUGGAGUGGUUGCUCCCGACGCCACUUGGGUACACUGCAGCAUCCACCGAGGCUCUUGCUGCCAACGGAAUUGCCCGAUGGCUUGAAAGACAUUUGACACUACAGUGAAAAUAGUUAACUUUGUUAAAGCAAGGACCCUGAACUCGUGUAUUUUCUGCAUUAUGUAAUGAUGUGACCAUGUAACGCUUUUACAGCGCUGGUUAUCAAGGGGCAAAGUAUUGACGUUUUAAAAAAUUUUUUUUUGAGAGACAAGCUUAAACUUUUCUUUACUGAGCAUUUUCACUUAUCUGACCGCUUGCAUGACGACUGGCCUAUCUGGGUGAUGUUUUUUCUCACCUGAAUGAUAUGAAUCUAGGAUUUCAGGGACUCUGCAACUAUAUUCAAUGUGUGGGACAAAACUGAGGCUAUGAUUAAGAAGUUGGAGCUCUUUGUCUGCAUUAACAAGGACAACACACAGGUAUUUCCAUCAUUUUUUUUUUUUUUUGUGCAAAUUAUCUCAAGCUUACAAGCUUCACAAGCUUAUGGACAGCUUAUGUCAAAUGUGAUAUAGCGAAUCACCUGAGUUUGGUGCACAAUUAUGCAGGUACUUUCCUGAAACGGAUGACAAACAACUGGAUUCGUUAUCCCUUUCAUGCCCUGCCUCCAGUCCACUUACCGAUAUCUGAACAAGAGAGCCUCGUCGAAAUUGCAGCAUGCGGUUCUGUGAAAAUUGAAUUUAAUCAGAAGCCACUGCCAGAUUUCUGGAUAGGGCUGUGCUGAGUGUAGCCUGCCUUUGCAAAUCGCGCUGUCAAGACACUGAUGCCCUUUGCAACCCACAUACCUAUGAGAGUGAAUUCUCGGCCCUCACUUUUAUGAAAACUAAAUACAGGCACAGAUUGUGGAAAAUGAUUUAAGACUCCAAUAGAACCCAACAUUGCAGAGUUAUGUGAAUCCUUUCAAGUACACCCUUCUCAUUAACCUGUGGUGAGUUAAUCACAAUUUAAUGAACAAAUUAGGUUUUAUAUGUAAGGUGGUUAAGAGCAAAAUGACUGAUUUGUUAUUUGUGCCCUGGUCCUGUAAGAGCUCUUUGACAUGUCCUAUGAGCCGGGUUGUGACAAAGUCACAUUUAUUAAACAUAAGAAUGAGUGUA